AUGGAGUUUCAAACUCAAACUCGUCGUCGUCAUCAUCAUCAAAACCGACACCACUUAUCCAACACCUCCACCGCCACCAAAAUGGUUUCUGCGACGGUGGCCGGUGCAGCACUUGGUGGACCGUUACUGGGAGUCAUGGGGUUCAGUUUCUUGGCAACACUAACCCUCGUUUUUGUAACCUCGCCUCUGUUGCUGAUCUUCAGUCCUUUGUUGCUAUGUGCUGCGUUUGUCCUCGUCGGGGCCUUGACUGGGUUCGCUCUGGCCGCGGCUAUGGCGUUUGCCGGCUUGUGUGCGUUGUCAUGGAGUUCUAGGGAAGUUGUAAAGUGUUUAGAGUUUAUUGGUGAGAGAGUGGAGGAGCAUGGACGAGAUUUUGGUGGCCAUUUGCAACAAAUAGUUCAUGAUGCUAACUCUCCUGAAUACGCUAGAUUAAUUCCAGUUGAAUAA